CAUUCAUAUUUCUUCAUCUAGCCGCUCAUUUUCAAACCAAAAUCAAAAUUUGUAUUUUCCCUCUCCUCUUCUCUCCUCUCCGCACAAUGUCCGAUCCAAUCCUCCUCUCCGACGAGGAAGAAACGCCGUUUCAAUCCAAGAAACGUCGCACCUCGCCGGAACCGAACCCUAACCCUAAUCCUAACCCCAUCCCUAUGGUGGUUCUCCUCGACGGCGACCCCACCCCGAGGAAGCCGGUCCCCACCUCCAUCCCGACGUUCGUCCCCGAGACGCCGAUGUCCGACCUCGUCAUCGUCAAGUGCUCGACGAAAUUCAAUUCUGACCACAAGUUCUCGGAUUCAGGCAUCAAUCGAUUCAUAUGUUUGGAGUCUGAUAAUGAGUCUGAAGGUGGAUCAGAAAGAGGAAAUCCGGUGGACAAUGAAACUAUGGAUUCUGAUUUUGAUGUGAUGAAUGUCUUAGACUGGAGUACUAAAUGUGUCGAGUCGACAUCUACUUUUGGUCAUGUUAAUGCAACACAUAUGUCUGAAGACAGUUUCUUGGGUCCGACCUGUUUGCAGGAUGGUAUUCCUCAGGCAAGUGAGAGUCUUGGAAAAGAAAAUAUUGGCGUGGAUCGAACGCAGGAAAUUUCGCAAAAGAAAACAACAAAUGCUAGUACUGAGAAGAAAAAUAGUACAACUGAAGCAACAAGAAGAAAGAAGAUGACAGAGGAGGAAAGCUUUCGGUUAAAAGAAGAGAAAAAAUUAAGGAAGCUUCAAGAAAAGCUUCAAAAAGAAGCUCUCAAAGCUGAAGUUGCGGAAUUGAAAAAAAUAGAGAAAGAAAAGAAAAAGUGGGAAAAUGGGAAGUUCGCUAUACAAUCCAUAGUGGCAGAGAUUGAUGCAAAAGUAAUUGAAAUAGGGUCAGUUGGAGGAAAUCUGUUAACAAGGUUUUCAGAAAAGGGGCUUAAAUACCGCAUAACUUCGAACCCAAUUGAAAAAACAAUUCUGUGGACCAUGAAAUAUCCGGAACAUAUAUCUGAGCUUUCUUCCGAAGCAAUAGAGAUUCGAUAUGUGCUGCUUGUGUAUGAGGCUGAAGAAUUUUGUGACUUUGUUACUAAUGGAUCUCUUUCAGACCAUGUUUUUGGUGUUCGAAGCCGUUAUCCAUCUCACACGGUGUGUUUUCUCACAAAUAGGUUAAUGUCAUAUAUCAAUAAGAGAGAACAAGAUAAGUACAAGAACCCCACACAUUGUAGUGGUUGGAGGCGGCCCCCCGUUGAGGAGGCACUGGCAAAAUUAACCACUCACUUUGUUAAAGUGCAUUCCAGGCAGUGUGUAGAUGAGGCGGAACUGGCUGAGCAUGUUGUUGGUUUGACUUGCAGUUUGGCCUCUUGCCAAUUUAGAAAGAAGUUAACACGAUUGUCAGUAAAUGCUAAUGGUUCCCUUAUUCCUAAGGACUUUGUUGACAAGAAUUUAAUAAGAAAUAACUUGUGGUUAAAAGCUUUGGUUGCUAUACCGAAGGUGCAGCCACGAUUUGCGGUUGCUAUAUGGAGGAAGUACCCCACCAUGAAAUCACUCUUGAAUGUUUACAUGGAUCCUAGUAAAUCGGUUCAUGAAAAGGAAUUUCUGCUCAAGGACUUGACAAUAGAAGGCUUAAUUGGUGAGGACAGAAGAUUAGGUGAGGUUUGUUCGAAGAGAGUGUACAGAAUACUUAUGGCACAAAGUGGAUCUAUCAAAACCGAUGAUGUUGAGGAUGGUGCUGAUUUUUUUGGACACCAAUCAUCUUAAACAAUUCCUUCUCCAUCGUUAGCCUUGACGGAAACUUCAAAUAGUAUAGAGUCAAAAAUAAGUUGUAGAUACAUAAUGAUGAUUUGGAGCUGCCAAAGCAGGAUGUCGCCGAAAAGAACGGAACGCUGCUUCGCUCUGCUAGAUGCAUUGGAACCCAUAUAAGAAGCAAGCUUUUUUUGCCCUCAAAUUCAAAUAUUUGCUGCAAAAUGCUAUCCUGCUCUGUUCUUUCCUGAGUGGCGAUAGAAGCCCGCCAGUUCAUGUUGCUUUGACGGCUAUUUUUCGCCUUCUCUUUGCUUUCUUUGCUCAUGUUGCUUUGACGGCUAUUUUUCGCCUUCUCUUUGCUUUGUUUGCUCAUGUUGCUUCGGCGGAGACUUUUCGCCUUAUCAUUUUUCAAUUUUAUCACCAUAACGCUUAGAAUUAGGCUGGCGAGGCUCAA